AUGAGUUUCGAUUCGACUCGCUCCGGGAACUCAGUUUCGAAUUCGAAACGGAGCUUCAAUUCAAUUUCUUCAAAUCCUUAUAACAAAACCAGUAGCAGUGGUGCUAAAAGUACGAAUACUGAUAAGAAGAAGAAGAAGACGAACCAGAAAACCCUGGGCAUGGCUUGGGGAGCCAAUUCUCGCUCUUCCUCUCGCUCCGCCUUCCGUAAUUCUCCCUUCUCCGAUUUCGGCAGUUACAUGGUUUUGAAGAAUAAAAAACUACACGAACAGUUUGAUGCCGAGGCUUCAAGCUCUUCUCAAAGUGGUUCUGCUUCUGGGAAAUCUAUAUUUCACGGGGUUUCGAUUUUUGUGGAUGGAUAUACCGUCCCGUCUAGUCAGGAGCUUCGAGGCUACAUGUUAAAGUAUGGAGGACGAUUCGAGAAUUAUUUUUCAAGGCAUCGUGUUACUCAUAUAAUCUGCAGUAAUCUCCCUGACAGUAAAAUCAAGAAUUUGAGGUCAUUCAGUGGUGGGCUUCCAGUAGUUAAACCCACCUGGGUUCAAGAUUCAGUUGCUGCUAAUAAACUUUUGAGUUGGAUCCCUUAUCAACUCGAUCAGCUUGCAAGUGAAAUUCAUAACCAACCAAAACUAUCUGCUUUCUUUCCUCUGAAAAACAUCCGAGAUUCUGAUGAUGUAGCCCUAAAUCUUGGCAAUCAAGAAAUUUCUGAAACUGAGAAUUCAUCAUUGGAGUAUGGGACUUUGAUGGUUGCCAAUUGUCCCGAACAGUGUGAUUCUACAGAACAAGUGGACCAAUGCGGUCCAGAAUUUGAUGGCCUUUUGCACGUGGGCCCUACCGAAAUGAUACUAGAAGAGCCUGCUUGUAGUGUAGGAAGCCAUUGUGAACCGAAAGGUGCUGAACUCUGUGAUAUUUCCAUGUUAGAUGGGAUGGAUACAGGAUUUGAACCCAAGUCUAUUAGUUCUUUUCAGGCUUCUGCUUCAGUUUGCAGUUGCAUCCCUGAUGAUCAUAAUUCUAAAGAAUCGUCAAGUUCAAGAAUCAGUUUAGCAUCUAAUCAGCCUCAUUCAACUCUUGUAGAUCCUGAUUUUGUUGAAAAUUAUUUUAAGAGCUCUAGGUUGCAUUUUAUUGGAACUUGGAGAAAUCGGUACCGGAAGCGUUUUCCCACCUCAUCUGAUGGGUUUAGAGAGAAAAGUUCUUGUCUCAACGCCUCUGCAGUGGUUCACAAGACUGCCAUAAUACAUGUUGAUAUGGAUUGCUUCUUUGUAGCAGUGGUCAUCAAAAACCGUCCCGAAUUACAAGACAAACCUGUUGCUGUUUGCCAUUCAGAUAGUCCCCGCGGAACUGCUGAAAUAUCAUCUGCCAAUUAUCCUGCUCGAGAUUAUGGAAUCAAGGCUGGAAUGUUUGUUAAAGAUGCCAAGGCACGUUGUCCUCAUCUUGUAAUUGUUCAUUAUGAUUUUGGAGCUUAUGAGAAGGUGGCAGAUCAAUUUUAUGACAUUUUGCAUAAGCACUGCAACAAAGUUCAGGCUGUCAGUUGUGAUGAAGCAUUUCUUGAUGUCACUGACUCGAGUGUGGAGGAUCCCCAGCUUUUAGCUUCAGUAAUCAGAAAAGAGAUUUUAGACACUACAGGAUGCACUGCAAGUGCAGGGAUUGCAGGAAAUAUGCUUAUGGCCCGUCUUGCUACAAAAACUGCAAAACCGGAUGGCCAAUGUUACAUUCCUCCUGAGAAGGUGGAUGAUUAUUUACGUGCACUUCCAGUCAGAGCACUUCCUGGAAUUGGUCAUGUUUUGGCAGAGAAGUUGAAAAAAGGGCAAAUUGAAACUUGUGGAAAGUUGCGCAUAAUAUCUAAGGAAUCUCUUCAGAAGGAUUUCGGUGUGAAAACUGGAGAUAUGCUCUGGAAUUAUAGUAGAGGGAUCGACAAUCGACACGUUGGAGUGAUUAAGGAAAGCAAAUCUAUAGGUGCUGAAGUGAACUGGGGUGUGAGGUUCAAAAAUACAAAUGAUGCUCAACGUUUCUUGACGAACCUGUGCAAGGAGGUUUCACUGCGAUUGCAGGGAUGUGGAGUGUUAGGUCGCUCUUUUACCCUGAAGAUAAAGAAGAGACGAAGUGAUGCUGGCGAGCCAAUAAAGUAUAUGGGCCAUGGAGACUGCGAGAACCUUAGCCAUUCCAUUACGAUUCCGAUGGCCACAGACGAACUGGAUGUGAUUCAGAGGACAACCACUCAGCUUUUUGGAUAUUUUCAAAUAGAUGUUAAAGAUAUCAGAGGAAUGGGCUUGCAGGUUUCUAAACUCGAAAACACAAAUAAUGGCAAGCUAGUCCACCAGAGGAAUUCAAUUCUAUCCUGGCUUGUUUCCACUUCAACAAAGGACACAGAUCAAGAGAAAGUUACUAGUCUCACCAAGAACAAUGAUAUAGUUGGGAAACUGAAUGUUGAAGGAGAUCGAGGUCAGUUGUGCUCCAAUCAUGCUGGACCAUCUGUCCGAAGUGAUGCUAGCUUGUCUGCUGGUGUAAGUGGCAUUAGGCAGGGUGUGAUUCUCCCUCCUCUACAUGAUCUUGAUGUGGGAGUUAUAGUCUCUCUUCCACCUGAUGUCGUUGCAGAAAUUAAUGACAUGUAUGGUGGGGAGUUAACAAGUUUCAUUUCCAAGUAUAAAAGUGACAUGAAUAUGUCUACUACUUCAGUUGAUAGUUUUGAGGGGGUAACUUCUGAGGAAAAGGAAUGCCGUCCCUCUCAUCUGGUCCAAUCUAAUAAAUUCUCCUUUGACAUUAAGUGUGGUGAUGAGGGAACCCCCAUUCGACCUUUUUCUGCUUCAGUUUCUGAAAAUAUUGCCGUAAUGCCCUCAUCUCUGAGUCAGGUAGAUCGCUCGGUGUUGCAACAACUUCCUCAAGAGCUGAGGGAAGACAUACUUGAGUUUCUUCCUGCACACAGGAGACUAGAAUCUGUGCCAGAUGCUUUGCUGAAUCCAACUGAGAAUCAGACUGGAUGUACUCAAUUUGUUUCAGCUAAUGAGCUUUGGAUUGGAAAUCCUCCUCUGUGGGUUGACAAGUUCAAAGUCAGCUGCUGUGGGAUGUUGAACAUUUUUUCUGAGAUGUAUUAUAGAUCAGGACAUUGCCAUUUGUCUUCUAUACUUCAGCGGCUUUUCUCUGAGAAGCGUGUUCCUCUGGAUGUGGGCACUGAUGAAUGGGACGAUGCUGUUAGUUGCUUGUGUGAGCUUGUUAAGCAAUAUUUAGAACUCAAAAUUCAAACAGAUAUUGAGGAGGUUUAUGUUUGUAUCCGCCUUUUAAGAAGGUUAACUAAGAGGUCGAAAUUUUUUGGACUAGUUUGUGACAACAUACUUCCUCAUCUUCAGGCAUCUGUUGGCGAAAAUUAUGGAGGAACUCUUAAUGUCUCUUCUGUCAAGGAUUAG